CCUUCCUGUAGUAACAGCCGCCGCCGCCGCCACCGGGAGCCCGGGCCCUCCAGCGAGAGCCGCGGGGCGCACAGCCUGCGCCGACACCGCGCUUGGCGUUACCAGGUGACCGGCUAUGGCGGGCUGGAUCCAGGCCCAGCAGUUGCAGGGGGACGCACUGCGCCAGAUGCAGGUGCUCUAUGGCCAGCACUUCCCCAUCGAGGUGCGGCAUUACCUGGCGCAGUGGAUCGAGAGUCAGCCGUGGGAUGCCAUUGACCUGGACAGCCCCCAGGACCGAGCUCAGGCCACCCAGCUCCUAGAGGGCCUGGUGCAGGAGCUGCAGAAGAAGGCUGAGCACCAAGUGGGGGAAGAUGGCUUUCUUCUGAAGAUCAAGUUGGGCCACUAUGCCACCCAGCUGCAGAACACGUAUGACCGCUGUCCCAUGGAACUGGUACGCUGCAUCCGGCACAUUCUGUACAAUGAACAGAGGCUGGUCCAGGAGGCCAACAACGGCGGCUCUCCUGCUGGGACCCUGGUGGACGCCAUGUCCCAGAAGCACCUGCAGAUCACUCAGACAUUUGAGGAGCUGCGGCUGGUCACACAGGACACAGAGAAUGAGCUGAAGAAACUGCAGCAGACUCAGGAGUACUUCAUUAUCCAGUAUCAGGAGAGCCUGAGGAUCCAAGCUCAGUUUGCUCAACUGGCCCAGCUGAACCCCCAGGAGCGACUAAGCAGGGAGACGGCCCUGCAGCAGAAGCAGGUGUCCCUGGAGGCCUGGCUGCAGCGCGAGGCCCAGACCCUGCAGCAGUACCGCGUGGAGCUGGCUGAGAAGCAUCAGAAGACCCUGCAGCUGCUGCGGAAGCAGCAGACCAUCAUUCUGGAUGACGAGCUGAUCCAGUGGAAGCGGCGGCAACAGCUGGCCGGCAAUGGUGGGCCCCCCGAGGGCAGCCUGGACGUGCUGCAGUCCUGGUGUGAGAAGCUGGCCGAGAUCAUCUGGCAGAACCGGCAGCAGAUCCGCCGAGCCGAACACCUGUGCCAGCAGCUGCCCAUCCCCGGCCCCGUGGAGGAGAUGUUGGCCGAGGUCAAUGCCACCAUCACAGACAUCAUCUCAGCCCUGGUGACCAGCACCUUCAUCAUUGAGAAGCAACCCCCUCAGGUCCUGAAGACCCAGACCAAGUUUGCAGCCACCGUGCGCCUGCUGGUGGGCGGGAAGCUGAACGUGCACAUGAACCCCCCGCAGGUGAAGGCCACCAUCAUCAGUGAGCAGCAGGCCAAGUCCCUGCUCAAGAACGAGAACACCCGCAACGAGUACAGCGGCGAGAUCCUCAACAACUGCUGUGUCAUGGAAUACCACCAAGCCACGGGCACCCUCAGUGCCCACUUCAGGAACAUGUCCCUGAAGCGGAUCAAGCGUGCCGACCGGAGGGGCGCCGAGUCGGUGACGGAGGAGAAAUUCACUGUGCUCUUCGAGUCGCAGUUCAGCGUGGGCAGCAAUGAGCUGGUGUUCCAGGUGAAGACCCUGUCCCUACCCGUGGUUGUCAUUGUCCACGGCAGCCAGGACCACAAUGCUACUGCCACCGUGCUGUGGGACAACGCCUUUGCUGAGCCGGGCAGGGUGCCAUUCGCCGUGCCCGACAAAGUACUAUGGCCGCAGCUGUGCGAGGCCCUCAACAUGAAGUUCAAGGCUGAGGUGCAGAGCAACCGGGGCUUGACCAAGGAGAACCUGGUGUUCCUGGCGCAGAAGCUCUUCAACAGCAGCAGCAGCCACCUGGAGGACUACAGCAGCAUGUCUGUGUCCUGGUCCCAGUUCAACAGGGAGAACCUGCCCGGCUGGAACUACACCUUCUGGCAGUGGUUUGACGGGGUCAUGGAGGUGCUGAAGAAGCAUCACAAGCCCCACUGGAAUGACGGGGCCAUCCUCGGCUUUGUGAACAAGCAGCAGGCCCACGACCUGCUCAUUAACAAGCCUGACGGGACCUUCCUCCUGAGGUUCAGCGACUCAGAAAUCGGGGGCAUCACCAUUGCCUGGAAGUUCGACUCCCCUGAUCGCAACCUGUGGAACCUGAAGCCGUUCACCACACGUGAUUUCUCCAUCCGGUCCCUGGCUGACCGCCUCGGGGACCUGAGCUAUCUCAUCUAUGUGUUUCCUGACCGCCCCAAGGAUGAGGUCUUCUCCAAGUACUACACCCCUGUGCUUGCCAAGGCCGUGGACGGGUACGUGAAGCCGCAGAUCAAGCAAGUGGUCCCUGAGUUUGUGAAUGCAUCUGGAGAAGCAGGGGCCAACGCCACCUACAUGGACCAGGCUCCCUCCCCGGCUGUGUGUCCCCAGACACAUUACAACAUGUACCCCCAGAACCCAGACCCUGUGUUGGACCAAGAAGGAGAGUUCGACUUGGACGAGACCAUGGAUGUAGCCCGACACGUGGAGGAGCUCCUACGCCGCCCCAUGGACAGCCUCAAUCCACGCCUGUCCCCACCUGCUGCCCUUUUCACGGCAGCCAGGGGCUCCCUGUCCUGAGUAGGGACAUCUUACCUGCUCUUGGAAGCAGUCUCCGAUGGGAAGGGUUCGGUUCCGCUGUGCCCGGUGAUGCCAGUGUAGGCAGGACGUGGAUGCGUGUGCACGCAUGUGUGGCGUAGAGGUGGGCCUGCCUCACUCUACCUGCCCUGGCUCUGUGGUUGCCAUGGCAGCAGCCUCUGAUAACCACCCCCUCCCCAGUCCAUCUGUCCAGGAGGCCGAGCUUCCUUCUUGGCAGGUGCUUUGCACCGGCAACCCUACUCCUUGUGUGUCCAGUUUGUGCAGCAAUGUUUGAAUACAUGAAAUUCAUUCAAGGGCAGGGGAUGGAACAGCUCCAGGCUGGCUUAACCUUUGAGUGAGCAGCUUUGCCCUCCCCAGUGUGCAUGUGUGCAGACGCGUGUGUGAGCGUGCAUCUGGCCACAGACACACACAGUGGUCUGAUUCUCUCCCCUGGAGGGAGGUUGGGGUUCACUUCCACGUAUCUUUUAUACUUUGGUAUAAAAGUCUGCGCUGACUGCAGACUUGCUGCUCCCCCUCUGCCCUCUGAGAGCUGGCCCAGGCCAUGGCCAGAGCCCCUGUGGCCAACACAGCUUCUUGCCUAGGGACAUGAGCUUUGAGUCUAUGAUGUGGUUACCAACUGCCCAACCCUGUGCCCUCUUUAUCCUUGCUGUGCCCCCUCCUGUCCACUCAGCCUUCUUUCCUGUCCAUUUGUACCCUUGCUUGUAGAGGAGAAAGGGGCAGGGCUAGGGCAUGGUGCGUGAACAGAGGCCUAGAAUGUGCGGGGUGGGGACAGGGAGGCCCAGCAGACACCUGCUGUAUGUGCGGGAACACAGGGAGGGGCGAGCCAGGCUGGGAGUGGGGAGCGGCCUCCUGCUACUCUGUGUGGCAGGCUGUGGCCCGAGCCCUCGCUGUCCUGGGCCUCAGGACGCCCGGGGGGGUGGGGAGGAGAAAAGGGGUUCAGCUGUACUUUGUACAUAGACUUGCAGUUGUGUAAACAGUGUUUCUGAAUUAAAGUUUUUUUU